UUGUGCUUGAAUUGUCAAACACAGAGAGCUCUAGCUUGGCAGUUGGGAGAUACGGGGAAAAUACCAAUAUCUAUCCCAAAAGACAAGCCUACAGUCAUGUCAAGAACACAGCUAUACCUGACUCCUGAAACUCCUGCACCUGCACAGACACCUAUUCCAAAAUCUGAGCUAAAACCAUCACAUGGAAAGCAGGCAGAGGAGGAGAAAACCAUAUCUUGUACUGCUGCAAAGGCAGCGUUGACCACUCCAGCGGUCUCUGCACCUCUCUCUGUUGUUCCUACCACAGAUAUGCUGCAGACAGAGAUGGCAGCUGUGGUGGAACCAAUACCAGCUGCAGAGACUCAGAAAGCUGUUAAUACUGCUGCUGAGUGCACUUUGAAAGAAAUAGGCCAAGACAAAAUCCCUGAUGAGACACGGAUAGAAACAGAACCGAUGUCUAUGCUUCCAGCAGUGCCAACUGAGGCAGAUGUAGUAAAGGUUAAAGAGGAUACAUGCAUUCAACCUGCAAAAGAAGGAAAACAGAAAGAUGUUGUGGUACAGAUGGAUAGCAUUCUUCAAGAAAUGUCUAAAGUAGACAUCAUAAAAGCAGAUAUUAAAGAGCAACAUAGAAAGGACAUCUUGCCGGUAUCAAUAGAAUCAUACAGCUCAGCUGAGGAAGAGCUUAAGGAGAUACAGAGAGUAAGUGAAAUAGCCAUAAAGGAAACUGCUACAAAACUGUUGCCUGUCAGAGCACCAGCCAGUGUAAAACAAUACCACGAGGACAGCAGUGAGAGUGAACCCUCCCCUCAGAUACAGAGAAGAAGAGUGAGGCCUGCUUCCUCCAGCAGUGAGGACUACAAACUAGACAGUUCAAAUUCUGGAGAUGACGAAGAGUUCAUACGGAGGCAACUUAUGCACAUGGGUGAAGACGAGAACUUGCCUUCUGAUGAGGACAAACACAGAAAAGAACAACAAACACAGCAAGAAACCAGAGAAGUUGAAAAAUCUGAUGAUUCCAUGAAGCCUAAACAUGCCCUAAAGAAACUUACAAUAGAGCCUGAGGAGAUUUCUGAUAUCACUCUGCCUUCUUAUGACCAAGAUGAUCAAGUCAUCCCUGCCUCAGAUGCAUUAGAAAAAAUCAGAGUGGAAAUAGAUUUGUCAAAUGACAAUGAUAAGAUCAUAGCUACUGACACCACAGCAGUUGCAAUCACACAAAAAACUCCUGUUAGACAGACCACGGAGGAGCAUGAGAGUCUGUUUGAAGACUCAUCCAAGGGUGAUGGUUCAUCCAGUGUUCAGGUGUCUAGCAUCACACCAGGAACAGCUUCACCUACUUCUGUGUCCUCUAUUGAUGAGGACAGUGAUAGUAGCCCAAGUCAUAAAAAGGCAAGAGCGGAGAGUAAACAGCAAAGAAAGGCAAAACAUAGACCUCAUGGUCAGGCCCUUCCCACUACAGAGGACUCAUCUGAGGAGGACGGGAUACGUGAGGAGGGUGAACAGAUGGAGCACGAAGAUAAAAGAGAUGAUCAGCCGCAGUUAAGAAAGAUCAAAAAAAAAAUUAAGACUGAAAGAGAUGAUCUGGGCAUGCAAAGGAGACAAGAUCAUUUGACUAAAACUGAUCAAUUAAGGCAGGCAGCGGGGAUGGAGGAACGGCAGUCCUCCUUCCCUGACUUUUCACCUAGUUUUGAAUCAGAACCAGAGAAUGCAGAAUACAGAAAAUUAUCAUCUGAAAAACGUUAUGCUGCAGAGAAGCCAUUAAAGACUGCUGAAGAGGUAUAUGAGGAAAUGAUGCAGAAAGCACAGGAAUAUAAAACAUCAGAGAAAUUCACACCACCUGAUAUUGAACCAUUAUAUGGAGGCAUGUUAAUAGAGGACUAUGCUUAUGAAACUUUAGUUGAAGAACAAGAACAGGCUGCCACAGAUCUUGGUAAAGUCGCCCAUGAACAAGAUUUGAGAAAGAUGUCUGAACAUGAGUCGGUGAGGAUACUUAUGACACCAGAUGAGGCUUAUGAAGAUAUGAUGAAUAAAAGAAGCAAGAUCAUUCAAAAAGAGAAGGAGGCUCAGCAAGCACAUGCAACAAAGAUUGACACAUCCUUGCUACUUGAUGUCAGUGACACUUGUUAUGUGAGUAUUUCUGGAAAUUAUGCACUUUCUACAGAUAAAAAAGCAAAGCCACUGUUGGAAACAGAGGAUGCCUAUGAAGAGCGAUUGAAGACACAAAAAGACGGUUUAACACCAGGAACAAGUCCUACCCAGUCAACUCCUGUGUCUCCUGCCUCCCCUCUGACUGUGUCUGAGUCAUCAUAUGAUUCCCCUGAGGUGAUACUCAUCCCUUCAAGUGGGGAAGAAGACAACCUAGCUGAACCUAUUGAAUGCAUUUUGGAGCCUUAUAUUACAGAUUCUACAUAUACUCAGGGUGUAUCUGGGAUUAAAGCUUUAUAUCCAGUUCCCGACUUAAAGAUCACUCAGUGCUCCUCUGGUGAAGAAGAAGUUGAAGAGGAGGACAGUGUCACACAAGAAAAAAUUUCCCCUGAGCCAACUGGUAUGCCUCACAGUGAGGAGGAACCACAAGCCCCAGAAGAAUCAUUUGUAACUGUUCCCAUUUCUGUAAUAUGUGAAGUUUUUACAUCAAAACAUGUUGUGGAGACAACAGCAAUAUCACCACUGUCUCUACCAGCAUCUCCAGCAGUCUCAUCCCCAGAUUCAAAUAUGGAACUAACAACAGCACCAUCAUCCUCUCCAGUUUCUGACCAGACAUCUGAAUUAACUACUCCAGCUAGCCCCAGUGUAGCUGAAGUUUCUCCCCCAGUUGUAAUUCACAUUCCAGAUUUGGUGUCUGAGCAAGCCACAACACAUCCAUCAGCAACUGCUCCUGUUGCAUCAUCCACACAGAUUAUUGGAUCCCCUUCAUGGGUCAUUUCAGCCUUAACACAUGUCUCAAAAAAUGCUGUAACUCCUUCUGAAAUUCUUAUUUCAAAGCCAACACCAGGUCCAAAACCAACUCCUGCACCAAAACCAACAGUUAUAUCAAAACAGGAAACAGUCCCUACUCCCGAUAGUGUUUCAUCCUGUACAUUGGAUUUAGCUCUUCAAGAUUUAGCUCAAAGACCUUUGGUCAGUGCAAUACAUGAAACAUUUUCAGCUGCUGAAUCAGCCACAAUAGACAAACAAACUGUUGCACCAAUAACUCCUCCAAAAGUUGACCACGUAAACACUCCUCCUACUAUUGCUACACCUAUUAUACAGUCUCACAAAGGACCUUUAACACAAACUUCUGUUAUAAUUCAAAUGCCUGAUCAUGUGUCCCCUGCAUUAGACCAUCCAGUUCAAGAACAAACUCCAGUUUCAGUGCCUACCCUGCCAUCCACUGCACUCAGGAGUCAGAUUCCUACAACUGCCCCCAUAGUUGCACAGAUGCCAGACCUGCGUACAUCUCCAUCUCAAUCAAUAUCUGUGACCUUUCCAGUACCUUCUAUAACCUAUGCCCCACUUCCAGCUAUAGUUUCAGCAGUGGAUCAAGCACAUAUUUCUGUUCCAACAAUGGUAUCAGCUUCAAUACCGGCAAAAGUUCUCUCUACAGACCAGACCAGCUCAGCUGUUGAACAAGUGGCCACACCACUGUCUGCUCAAUCCAGUAUUGCUGCUUUAGCAAAAGAGAUUAAACCACUAAGCAGUGUUUCUAUUCAAAUUCCUAUUCAGAGGCCAGCAGAAACCAGACCACACAUGACACCCCAAUUAGGCCAAGCAGCCACUGUUUCACUUCCAGCAAGUCAUGGAGAGCAUAUUGCUGCAAAGACAGUCUCUGUUGUUUCUCCCAUUGUUACUACAACUGUUGCUUUUGGAGCUCUACAGAAGGAAAACGUACCAGAUGAUGUAAUUUCUUCUCAACAGUCACAAAUCAUUUGUCCUGUUGUACAGACACAGCAGGGUCAAGUUGUUGCCAGACUGCCAAAUUUUGAAAACAUGGCAGGUAAAACAACUAUUGAAGAUGGGAGAGGGCACCUUGUUAUUGUUAGUGUUUCUCCUUUUACUUAUCCAGCCACAAUAUCAAGUUUCAUCACUGAUUCAACAGUUUCACCUUGUGUGACAUCUGGAAAACCCCAUGUUCCUCAAGAAAGAACAGAUAAACCAGUGAUUUCAUUUCCACCACCUCCUCCAGCUUCCCCACCAGAAUUGCCAUAUAGCGCAAUACCCAAGACUGAUUUUAACCAGCAAAAGUCUAUUCCAACUCCCUCACCAGUUACAGUAACUGUGCCUGAACCCCCACCAAAUGUUGCCAUUAUAAAUAUAAAACCAGCUCUGACCCCAACACACAAAUCACCACCCCCUGUCCCCCCCAAACCUGUAUGUAUUCCCCCAGGACUGGUAUUUAGUCACAGAUCAAGAGAGAGCGUAAAACCACCAGUUAGCCCUGAGCCAGUAGUUGUUCAAGCAGUUCGUGCUGCAACGCUGCCAAGAACAAGGGAACCUCCAAAUGCUUUGUCACUAAGUUUGACUGCCCCUAUAGAGACCAAGCACAGUGCUUCAUCACCAAAAUCACCUUUGUCACCCAGAUUUGCUAGAACACUUGAAACAUAUGUGGUGAUAACAUUACCCUCAGAACCAGGAUCACCCGUUGAGGGCAUUACAACUCAAGCACCGAUGAGAAGAUCAUCACUGCCAACUCCCAGACAACAUGUUCCAUCUGAUGCCCCAAGAGUGUUUGCUCCAUCUGCAGUGGAUGUACCUGUGUCAUUAAUUUCAGCACAAAUUGUAGCAGCCCAGCCAAAGCCUACCUCAGCUUUAAACAGAGCAGUGCCCCUUGAGGUGAUGGCACCUGACUUUGCUUCAGUCACAACAGAGACGUAUCAUAUUACACUAGCUGCGGAUUCGAGACCAAGUAUUAUGGAACCUUGUGUAACAGUCCCAGAGCUGCCAGUUGCUUCUGUACCAACAUUUGUUUCAGCACCUCUUGUAGUGGCAUCAUCAGGACUAUCACAGACUAUGGCUGUUGUUCCUCAUAUAACAAUGGAAAAUACAAUGCAUUCCCCAUCUGCUUUUAUAACACAACAUGUUGUAAUGGCACCUUCUGCUUUGAUUUCAGCAGCACCUGUUGCAGCAGCACCACAACCACCGCCCACUGAUCUGGAAUCAACAGCAUAUCUGGCAAUGACAUACCCCACAACUUCAUUGAUUUCUCCUCUUGCCAUGCCUCCAGUCUCAGUGGUGCAUACAUCAAAAUUGUCAGAGGAGGUACCAGUAGUAUUAGCCCCGAUGUCAGGAGUUUCUACUGAGUCAGUCCCUCACUAUACAGUGAGUGAUGUGCAACAAGAACUUGAGAUGCAACAAAAUCAAAAAACAUAUUCUGCUCCAAUAACAAUAACCCAGAUUCCAAUCCCUGCUAAAAAUGAAGACAUUCCAGGUUUGGAUAUGAAAGAAAUUCUAAUAGUCUCAGCUUCUGAAGAGGCCUUAACUGAAAUGGGUCCAUCACCAGUACCAAUAACACAGCUUCAAGAGCAGCAAACAGUUUAUGAGCAAAAACAAGACAUUUCAGUAGUGACCACUGCAACAACUGUGCCACCAGCACCAGUAACAUUUACCCAAUUUACAAAAUCUAUUGAGAGUCAAGAUAUUUGUGGACAAGAUAAAGUUAUAUCAAGCAUGAGCCAAGUCUUCUCUGCAGUCUCAACUACUGAGCAGCGUCCUGAUGCAUUGCCUAAUCUUGUAACCCAAGUUGUCACGACUGAAGUACAAAGAACAACAACUGUGUCAGUUGUCCAGGAGAGGAUUCCUGUCAAACCCAUACCUGAACCUGUGGGUGCUACAAUCACAAUCCAACCAGAAGUCCAUCCAAAGCCUAAACAGAAUGGAAGAAUACAAUACCCUAGUGACGUUAUAGAUCUUACCACAUUUAAAGUCAAUGUUACAAUGACUGAUCAAGGAAUGGAUUUGACAACCCCAGAUUCAAGUAGGUCUUCCUUGGCAAGUGAAUCAAGUGGGCGACAGGCCACUGCUGUACAGCCCGAAAUUGUGAAUCUUAGUGCUGAAAUAAUCCCCACUUCAACACUCUCUGUUGUAACUGACAGCAUAACAAUUGUUACUUGCACAGCUACAAUUGCAUACAACAACAACACAGUUGACAAGCCUCUGGACCUGGGAAAUGCUACUUCAGUGCCUCUUCCACUUACCACAUACAAUCCAUUUGAGCCACUUGCACAGAUAGUGUACAGACCUGUGAAUUCACAACCUAAGGCUACAACCAGUGCAGAGAUUCCUAUUAACCUUUCAUACAAAGCUGUUGCAAGCACAGCUCCUACUCAUAUGCCCAGUACUAUAGCCCCGGUGAGCUUCACAAAUGGCACUGUUGGUAUACCAAUACAUACAGAGCCAAUGGCACUUGGACCUGUAGACCUCACCACAUAUAAGCCAAUGAAAACCAUGGUUGCUUUGACCUCAUCUUCUGGAGUGGUAACAACUGUUUUGGAAGAUGAUGGUACACCAGUUGAUCUAACAUCUGGAAGACGGAAUGUUUGCUGCGAUGUAAUUUACAGGCUUCCUUUCACAGGGAGUUGCAGAACACAGCCUACUGUGACCACACAACCAGACAAUCAAAUUGGCUAUCAAAUUGAUAUUGCCCCAACACCUGUCACUGAAGAUCUCAGUACCAUGAAGGCUUCAAUAUCUGACAGUAAUUUCAAAGAGGCUGAAAUUUUCUUUAGUUAUGAAAGGAAGAAUGGAUUCUCCUAUCAGAAUGGGGCAUCUGAGGGGGCUAUUGAUUUGGCAUCAGCUAAAAUGUCAACAGAAGAGGCCUUAGACUACUCAAAGAAAGGCACUUUGGCAUUUACUGGGAUCACCACUACUCCAUAUUCUCAAGGAACAACGUUUGGCUUCAAUAGUUUACUAAGAACGACAAAUGGCAUUGUUUACUCAUCGGUUGCUGCACCUGUUCCCUCCAUGUAUGCAAUUACUACCCAACCGGGUUCAGUAUUUAGCACAACAUACGAUAGUCUCACCAAUGCUACAGAUCCACUUUCAGCACUUCAAAAUCAGCCUGCUCCAUAUGGCUUUGUACACACAACAGACCAAUCAAUAUUCACACAGUCAGAUAUAUCAAAGGAUAUUCUACCUUCUGCAUUAGCCAGUCUCCUUCCCUCCCUGACAACCUUCCCUGAGCUCUACUCAGAUGCUACUCUUGAGGCAAUAGCAGCCUCACUGGACAUGCUGGUAUCCCCGAAUUUUCCUAAUUUAGACGACAGCAAGAGCCAGCAGUACAAGGCUGAACAUGAGUUCUUACAGUUAGAGAAGUUGAAACAGCUGUGUCUAGCUGAAGAGCUUGAAUGGGAGAGGCAAGAGAUACAGCGUUACCGUGAGCAAGAGCAGAUCAUUGUUCAGAAGGAGCUGGAGGAGCUUCAGAACAUGAAGCAACAACUUCUAAUGCAGAAAGAAGAGGAACGCAAAGCCCAUCUGAUUCUUCAGCAAGAAACUUUUGCACAGCAGCAGCUUCAGUUAGAGCAAAUCCAUCGAUUACAGCAGCAACUUCAGCAACAACUACAAGAGCAAAAGAUAUUCCCAUGUGGGUUCAGGCCAAGUGAGGGGAUGUCCCCACCCUUGAGCUCAGACAUCAUACUUGACUCAAAAUAUUCAGGGGGAGAUAAUGGACAAUACUGGCCAGUGAAGGAUGACAAUUCAACAUUAUCUGCAGUGUCCACCCAUGACUCCACAACAGGCCAAAACUGGCUAACAACAACUUCUGGGGCUUUUACACAGUAUAGUUCAAGCAUUCCUGUAUCAGUAAGUGCACAGACAAAGGAUCAAAUGCAGUUGUUGUCGAAGCAAGAGCAAAGUGUGGGAUUAAGUGGAAAGAAAUUAAUUGAGAGUGGUGUUCAAACAGACGAUGAAGAUGGGGUUGAAAAGUUUCCUUCUGGUAGAAGGAGAAGAAGUAGGAGAAGUGUAGAUAGCUGUAUGCAAACUGAUGAUGAGGAUCAGGAUGAAUGGGACAUCCCCAUUCGGAGCAGACGCAAGUCCCGUUCCAGUAGAUAUGCUGAUGGAGAGAAGGGAAAAAGCAAGGUAUCAAGUAUUGCGAUUCAAACUGUAGCAGAGAUUUCAGUUCAGACAGAGCAUUCAGGGACAAUUAGGAGAUCUCCUGUUCGGGCUCAGGUGGACACAAAGGUAGAUUUACACAGAGAGGGCCAAACAGAAAGUGAUUCAGAUAUUACAUCAGACAGAGAUAAAAGACGUCCAGCUCCUGCUGACAUAAGUGUUAGCACACACCUGGCAGCUGAUGAUGUUGGAGCAUCGUUAAUUACCAAAUCUCCAAAGGGAUUAUGCUCCCCGGUUUCACCAGUGUCCCCUGGGAAAAGUUCACAGAAGAUGCUUACAGCUGAUUCAUCAAGGCAUCUCAGUAGUCCAAGAUCACUAAGGGCCUCACAACGAUCUCUGUCUGACCCCAAGUCACUCAGUCCAACAACUGAGGACAGAAUGAUGUACCAGUACUCAGACACCUACUCUAGCAAAGGUUCUCAGAGCGGCACACCAGUUGGCACUCAGAAGAAAGUAAAGCGCACUCUACCUCAUCCACCACCGGAAGAAGAUACCCUCAUUGGCCUCUCUGGGUACACAACUGCUUCUGCCAGAAGACGAAUGUGCAGGAACACCACUAUGGCGCGGGCCAAAAUCCUCCAAGACAUAGACAAAGAGCUGGAUUUAGUUGAACGUGAGUCCUCAAAACUCCGUAAGAUACAGGCAGAGCUUGAUGAGGAGGAGAAAGAGAUAGAUGCUAAAUUGAGGUAUCUGGAGAUGGGUAUAAAUCGAAGAAAAGAGGCUUUACUGAAAGAGAGGGAGAAGAGGGAGAGAGCUUACUUACAAGGAGUGGCAGAAGAGCGAGACUACAUGUCAGAUAGUGAGGUCAGCAACAUCAGAGAGGCACGAGGUAAUGGUCAUGGACUAGAGCGGCCACGGACUGCCCCACAGUCAGAGUUUAACCAGUUCAUUCCACCUCAGACUGAGUCUGAGUCCCAGUAUGCACAGCUUACGAGCCCAUACUCUCAUUAUCAAUAUGCAUCCCAAACAAAUCAGUAUCCUCAGCAGACGUUGUACCAGCAGCAGUCUCUUUACCAUCAGCAGGUGUCCCCCUACCAAUCCAUCUACUCAUCAGUACCCUCACUCAAUCAGCAGUCCCAGCAGACUGGCUAUGACCAUUCCUCACUCCUUCUGAUGCAUCAUAAACCCCGUCAGGCUACUUUGUCUGAGUUAGAACCAAAGAUCACGACAAACUAUGAGGUCGUACGCAACCAGCCCCUUCUAAUUGUCCCUACAUCCACAGAGAGUGCCUAUGGAGUUUCCCAUCUCGGUGGUAAAUACAGUAGUCUUGAUCUGAGGAUGGGCUUGGAAGAGAGAGCCAGCAUGGCCAGCAGUCCCAUGUCCAGCAUAUCAGCUGAGUCCUUCUAUGCAGACCUCGAUCACCAUAAUGCCAGGAACUAUGUCUUGAUUGAUGACAUUGGUGAACUCACAAAGAGCUCCACGGGCCUUGGUUCAAGCUUCAGUAUCGCCGAUAAGGAUAUCAGCAAAGCUGACCGACUUCUCCGGACUGCUGACGUUCAUCUGACUGCAGAUGUGGCAGAUUUUCUUGGUCCUCUUCAGGCUUCUUCUCGAUUGCAUUCAUAUGGUAAAGCAGACGAGGAUUCCAUGGAGGAGCCAUAUGAAUUGAAGAUGUUGAAACAGCAAAUUAAGCAGGAGUUCAGACGCGGGACAGAUAGUCUCGAACAGCUUACAGCCCUGCCUCACUACCUCCACUCUGACACUAGUUUUAGGCAUUUCCCCAAAGCUGAGAAAUAUAGCAUUGGGAGACUAACUUUAGAGAAGCAAGCUGCCAAGCAACUUCCUGCCUCUGUUCUUUACCAGAAACAGCUAAAGAAUAAAAAAGCACUUAUUGACCACAAAAUUACAAAGUUUUCACCCAUCCAAGAGAGCAGGGACCUUGAACUAGAUUACAGCAGCUUUUUGGCCUCUGCCAGCUCAGUUGGGGGACUGUCUGCCAGGGCAAGGCUCUUGCAGGAUGAGAUCACUUUUGGUCUUAGGAAGAACCUAGCAGAGCAACAGAAAUAUUUGGGUUCAGCUCUUGCCGGUAACCUGGCUCAGUCACUCAAUUUAGGCCAAUCUCUCAACCUAGGGCCUAUCAUUAGGUCUUCCCUUCAUGAAGAUGGCACCUACCCCAGUGGCACUCGGUCAAGACCUUCCUCUAGGCCUUCCUCUGUAUAUGGACUGGACCUAUCUAUCAAAAGAGACUUGUCAAACUCCUCACUACGCCUGAAAACUGAGGGUGAGGGCAUUGAUAACCAGUUUGUAUCUAGGGCUAAACCGACAAGUCUGCCAAUUAGUCAGAGCAGGGGGCGAAUUCCCAUUGUUGCACAAAACUCUGAAGAGGAGAGUCCACUGAGCCCUGUUGGUCAGCCCAUGGGCAUGGCCAGAGCAUCUGCAGGCCCACUCCCACCCAUCUCAGCAGACUCAAGAGACCAGUUUGGCUCCAGUCACUCUCUUCCAGAAGUCCAACAGCACAUGAGAGAGGAGUCCAGGACAAGUGGCUAUGAACGGGACAUUGGCUUUAUAAAGGAUGACCUUCAGGGGGCCAUGUCAGAUAGCGAAGCUGGAGGUCCUAGCUGGAAUGUGAAAGCAUAUCACCUUCAGCAUGAGGAGACAGACUGGUUUGACAAACCCCGCCAGGGACGAGGUGGACCAGAAGCCGGGCCAGAGAGAAGACAAAUGAAAGGCAGCCAUUACCCCUUCCCACACACUCGCAUCAAACUGCAACGGGACCCCAAGGACCACACCGUCUCAGGGAGUGGACUGGGCAUCAGAGUUGUGGGUGGAAAAGAGAUUCCAGGGACCAACGGAGAGAUCGGAGCUUACAUCGUUAAGGUUUCAGCAGGAGGAUGUGCUGAACAUAUGGGAAAAGUUGUGGAAGGAAUGCAGGUUCUGGAAUGGAAUGGAAUCUCUCUGCUGGGAAAGACAUAUGAAGAAGUGCAAAGCAUUGUGGGACAGCAGUAUGGAGAGGCAGAAAUAUGUGUGCGCCUAGAUCUAAACAUGCUCUCCAGCACAGAACACCCCCAACAACUGGAGCUCCAUACUCAGCUGAGAGCUGGUGAGCAUCAGCGUUCUCCAGGUAUAGACCCAAAGCAGCUGGCCGCAGAGCUGCAGAAGGUUUCACAGCAGCAGGCUCCUGCCUCCGUGCUGUCUGCUCUGGAGAGAGCAGGACACUUGCAGUCUGGCACCGGAUCUGCCGCUUCCAGUGGGGUCCCCAGCCCUGGGAAACCCGGGUCCCCUUCCAUCAAAAAGCGCCAUAGUAGCAAGUCAGCAGAGGUUCUGAAGCCACAACCGCAUCCAAUCACUGGUGAAAUACAACUUCAAAUCAACUACGACAGGAAUAUGGGUAAUCUGAUUGUUCACGUGCUACAAGCUAGAAACCUCGCUCCUAGAGAAAACAACGGAUACACAGACCCCUUCGUUAAGGUCUAUCUCUUGCCAGGGAGAGGCCAAGUCAUGGUUGUCCAGAACGCAAGUGCUGAGAAUAAGAGAAGGAUUAAGUAUGCCCAGAAGACUCAGAACCCAGAGUGGAACCAGACUGUUAUUUAUAAAAACAUCCAUCUGGAGCAGCUGAAGAAGAAAACUCUGGAGGUUACUGUGUGGGAUUAUGACAGAUAUUCCUCAAAUGAUUUCCUGGGAGAAGUACUCAUUGAUCUCUCAAACACGGCUCAGCUGGAUAACACGCCUCGCUGGCACCCUCUAAAGGAGCAAAGCGAGAGUAUUCACCAUGGAAGAACCCACCCUCCACAGGGGCCCGGCGGCUCUGGGGGUCUCGGAGGUCAGGGAGGCCCUGGAGAGCCAGGAGGUUCUGGAGGUCAAGGAGGGCAACCGGGCAACCAGCAGUCCCCUAAAACUUCUGUCAUCAAGAGCCGAAGUCAUGGCAUUUUCCCUGACCCCGCUAAAGACACACAGGUCCUUACAAUAGAAAAGUCUCACAGUAGUCCCGGCAGCUCCAAAUCUUCCUCUGAGGGUCACUUGCGCUCCCACGGCCCCUCACGCAGUCAGAGCAAAGGCAGCGUCACUCAAGCCCACCUGGAAGAAGCUGGGAACGCCAUCGCUGCAGCUGAGGCUGCGGUGCAACAGGCCCGAUUCCAGCCAAAUAAAACAAAACACAGAAUGAUUGAUGGAGAUGCAUACACUCUGGACAGUGAAGAAAGCAUGGGCACUAACACUGUGGACAGUGCCAUAUUUCAGGUCCCUCAGCUGAAAAACAUUCCGAAUGGAACAGAUAAAAUCAGAGGACUUGAAUCUUUGAACCUGUCUGAUUCAGAAGGGAAGAUGAUGGGUGAGAUCAAGGUUGCUCUGAAGAAGGAAAUGAAGACCGAAGGAGAGCAGCUGGUUCUUGAGAUCCUGCAGUGUAGAAACAUCACCUACAAGUUUAAAUCUCCAGACCAUCUACCUGACUUGUAUGUAAAGCUUUAUGUGGUGAAUGUGGCAACUCAAAAGAGGAUCAUAAAGAAGAAGACCAGAGUGUGUCGCCAUGACAGAGAGCCAUCAUUCAAUGAGACAUUUCGUUUUAACCUGAAUCCCGUUGGCCACUCUAUUCAGCUGUUCCUGGUGUCAAAUGGAGGGAAGUUUAUGAAGAAGACGCUGAUUGGCGAGGCCUACAUCUGGCUGGACAAAGUGGACAUGCGCAAGAGGGCAGUCAGCUGGCACAAGCUAGUGGCCACCACCAGUCAAACGCAGCCAUAAUCAGAUGCUGUCCAUCUACCAUCGGCCUUCCAAAAAAGAGAAAAAAAAUAAUAGGGGGGUUUGUGGUUCUGGAAUGACUGAUGUAUCAUGGAAAGAGAAAAUCAGUUAAAUGAAAUACUAUGACAAAGAGUUUGAGGCCAUUCACCAGGAUAUAUAAGUCUAUUUCCACUCCCAGAGCACUGCUGUUGUCUAUUUGAGCGAGUCAUUUCUGCAACUACAUUCUGCAUCUAAAAUAUCUUAGGCAUGAGCCAAUUAUUACAUUUCAAUGUAAUUUCAGCAGUAA